CAAGACAACUGCAAUCAAAGGACUCUAUCCCUGCUUACUCGGACUGGAGACAUGACCAAAGAGACUGAAACUCUGGGAUUGGUCCUUCAGAGCGAAAACUUCCAUUACAGCCGUUAUACAAACUACAUCAUGGACUCGUGGCCUUACCUGGAGAAUCCUGUCCCCGAGCCAAGCAGAGAUAAACCCAAACUCCACCCGGGGGAUGAUAUGACAGCUAUUACCAUGCUGUAUGAACAGUGCAAGAGUCACAAAGAACAAAAGACGACUGUGUCCAACCGCAGCAACAGCAUAUACAAGCCAACCGAGAGGAACCUGAUUAAUUCCUCGCCUGACCUGGUGGCCUUGGAGACACCCGCCAACAUUAUGAAGAUGAUCUGUGACAACAUCCCCAACAGCCACCCUCAGGAAGUCCUAGCAUCUUCCAUUUGCACCAGCACCAAGCCGAAUGCCUCCCUGUCCAUCACUGUACCACCCACCUCCGAUACCUACGCCACCUUGACCACUGCCAGCGACAGCUACGAGAAGCAGGAUCUCAACAUCUUUGACUCCUUGUUGCAAAAGUGGCCGGUGGAGGGAGGAGGGUUCCCCGAGGCCAGCGCUGAGGCAUUGUCCGGAUGUCAGGUUCUCCCUUCCUACAGUGAUCCCUUCUCUGGGGACCAGUCCAGCCCCAUCUAUUCAGACUACAGCAGCUCUCCUCCAGAGAGAUACAGGAGUGACUUCCAGUUUACUCUGGGAGCUCCAAUGGCUUCUCCAUACAAGUCCUCAGAGUUGCCCAUGGUCUACCUGAACAAAGGACAGUUCUACCCCAUCACUCUCCAGGGUGUAGACAGCACCGCCGGCCUUACUGCCAGUAAAGUUAAGACAGUGGUGAUGGCAGUGUUUGAGAAUGAGAAGAGUCCAGAGAUACAGCUCCGCUGUUGGAAUCACUGGCACGCACGCCAGCCCACUGUCAAGCAAAGGGUCAUCGACAUCGCGGAUUACAAAGAAGUCUUCUGUGGCAUUAGCAACGUGGAGGAGGUGGCAUUCAACGCCCUUUCUUUUGUUUGGAACCCUAAUGAAGAAGCCAAGGUGUACAUUGGUAUCAACUCCCUGAGUACAGACUUCUCCUCUCAGAAAGGAGUCAAGGGUCUGCCUCUAAACCUGCAGAUCGACACAUAUGACUUCAGCACGGGAACCAACCAGCUCCUACACAGAGCCGCAUGCCAGGUCAAGAUUUUCUGUGAUAAGGGGGCGGAGAGGAAGAUGAGAGACGAGGAGAGGAAGAGAACCAAGAGGAGAGGGAAGAACACAAACGACGCCAAUGCCAAGUCUUUGGUGACUAGUUCAGUGGGCAGUGACUGCACUUUUUUCAAGAGCCUGGAUGACCAUGUCACACAGCCUGUCCUAUUCAUCCCCGAGACCAGCCUGCAACGCUGUGGCCUGACCACACCCCUCACAACGCUGGAUGAGGUUGAAAGGAGUUGCUUAAAAAGGUUGUACCCAGAAAGGGUAGACCAGUGCAGCCCCCCACCCAGCAAGCAAGCUCGCAAGGAAGACCCACAGAGAGUGCUGCUCUACGUGAGGACAGAGAGCGAAGAGGUGUUUGAUGCGCUCAUGCUCAAUACACCAACACUUAUGGGUCUGCGAGAAGCUAUUUCACAAAAGUACGGCAUGCAAACGGACACCAUUGGGAAAAUCUACAAGAAAUGCAAAAGAGGGAUUUUUGUCAACAUGGAUGACAACAUUAUUGAACACUACAGCAAUCAAACUGCCUUUCUCAUCGAGAUCUCAGAAGUUGCCACAAGUCAGUUCCAGAUCACACUCACUGAGCUAUGAAGACAGGCUUCCAGUCGUCAGCCACUUUGUACAUUGCAGGAUCCAACCGGUCAUAACUGCCUAUUUCAACCUGCUCUGACAGCACUGCCCUUUCAAAGACACAAUAAAGCCACAUGGUCUGGAUCACAAAAAAACAAUUAAUUAACUGGACUGAAUAGAAAGAUUGAAUUUUCUAUUUCAGUUCGAAACACCAAAUCUUUUUAAAUCACUGCCUUUGAUAAAUAUCAAUCACCCUGCUGUCUUCCUAUUGGUGUUUUUUUUUGAUUGAUUUAAAUAUUUUGUAUAACAUGAGAGCAUUUAUGAUUGAUAAGCUGUAAAUACUUAAUGUACAUAUAUAUUAAUAUGACAAUGUUUUCUGUUUGAGUAUAUUUCACAGUAUAUUGUGUGUAAUAUUGUAAUCCAUUUUCCAUGAAUCGCUAUUUCAAUUGUUGGAGAACUUGUGGACCUGUUUCAUGUGCAGAGUGUAGUCAGCAUUUUCAAAGCUUGCCAUUCUUGCUGCUUGCAGCCUAGCCAUAAUUUCUCCAACAAAAUGUCAAGAGCCAACAGUGCCUUUUCUUAUGCAUAACUAAUAUCUUUUCAAUGGCAUAGUAUUUAUAUAUCCUGGUUCUGUUUGUUGCUGUUUGAUACUGCCAAAAGUAUGGUCAUGUAGCUGCCUGUUAGUUUCACAACAUAGAUGACCCCACAGUGGGGUACAUUCACGACCAAAAGUCACACAUUUCUCCUCUUUAUACCACAUCACAGCCCUUGUACUAGCCAUCAUUUAGCAUGGGACUGUGCACAUUUCCUGAUCCCGCGAUGUAACCACAGAGAUUGCCUACUGUGCCUGAACCACUGCGGAGCAGUCUAAACCCCAAACCUGGAGGAUUUUUUGUUGUUGUUGUUGUUGUUUUUGUUGCAUGUAAUAAAAAGGAUAUUUCUUAAGUUAUGCAUCAUUUCAAGGCUUACAAGUAUCCCUAUGAUAUUUCAUGAUGCUGCCAUGGCAAUUCUGGUUGUAUUACUCAUAUCUUGCCUUUUUUUUCUACAGAAAUAAAGAAAUGUAUAUGAGG